AUGCCGAUGAAUAUCAACCCUCACAUGAUCCACCACCCAUUCGUCAAUCCCGAUGAGAUCCCCUUUCCGACGAUGGUACUUCCCGGAGGCGGCCGCUUAGCGAUCUACCCGGCAGUCAAGACCCGCUACCCCGGUCCUGGGGUCGGGAUCGGCGCUGGUGUGACUGGGAUGCCUCAUCAGCUGGGCGGACCGCUCGGCUGGGGUGCCGGGACCGGUAUCGACUGCACCGCCGCCGCUUGGAGACGAUACUAUGGCGUUGGUGGUAUGAUGACUGGCUACCCUCUCGGAUACAGACUCCCAGGUCCAACCGGUAUGGGCGGGUACUUUGGCGGAUGGGGCGUGCGCGACUGA